AUGGAAACACUCAGAUCAGACAGAUUGCCUAUUGCGAGCGAUGCGUUAACAAUUCUCGUCAACCUUUCUGGUGAUAAGGAGAUCCUAGAUAAACUUGCUACUGAUGAUGCUUUUAUGGAAACACUCCUCAACAAAGUGACUAAUAACAAAGAGGGAAAUGCCGAUGGGAUCUGUAUGCUGUUUGCCAAUCUUGGAAAAUCCGAGAAUAUAAAAGAGCUAUUGACGCUUAAACGUCGAACGGCCAAUCCUGUCUCAAACUCCGAGUAUGCAAUUGACCAGUUGAUGGAUUGUUUCGUGAAAGGCGCCGACGGCGCACUCAACCAACACGCGAACUACGACUAUCUAUCUUAUCUAUUUGCCGACUUGUCGAAGCUAGAGGAGGGCCGCAAAUAUUUCACAACGAGACAGGAUUAUGAUGGAGUCGUGCCUGUGACAAAACUCACCGUUUUCACGGAGCAUGAGAGCACGGUCCGGAGGAGGGGUGUUGCAUCGACCAUAAAGAAUGUUGCAUUUGAAAUACCAUUUCAUCCGACCCUCUUCUCUGAAGACGAGGCGAAUCUUCUGCCUUACAUACUUCUGCCAAUUAUGGGGCCGGAAGAGUAUAGUGAAGAGGAUACUGCAAAUAUGCUCCCAGACCUCCAGUUGCUGCCCCCCGACAAGAAGAGAGAAAGCGAUAAUGGAAUUAUCGUUACUCAUCUUGAGACGCUUUUAUUGUUGACAACUACCCGGGAAGGACGCGAUAAACUAAGGGCAGUGAACGUCUAUCCCGUUAUCCGAGAAUGUCACCUCCGUGUUGACGACGACGGCGUUCGUGAGGCCUGUGAUAGAUGGGUCCAGGUCAUUAUGCGAGACGAAGAGGAUGAAGGAAACUCAUCGGCAGGGCAGAAUCAGGAUGAUGAUAGAAAGGUCGUGGAAUUGUUCUAG